UAUGAUCCUCUGCCUUGGUCGCUUCUCGUACGCAGGAAUCAUGCCACAGGCAGAGACAGAUAUUGCCAUCCCUUGGGCAAUCGUCUGUCUUCUUCUUCUGCUCACAGGCGCCUAUGGAUUAUGGGUUAAUAGAAAAGGAAGCACAUGGCACCAUCUUCAGUUCGUAUCGGCUUGUUGGGGAUUCUUGCUGAUGCUCCUCUGUUGGGGUGUGGUCUACAUCGCGGUCGAGAUGCACCAUGUCAAGAAGGUGAACGAAGGAUGCAUGUAUCGCAACGCAAGCUGGACCCUAAAACAAUGCGAUGAUCGACGGAAAACUGCAGGGGUCGUCGCCAUUGUCCUAGCCGCUAUCGGAAUGCUCUUUGGCAUAUACUUUACACUCGUCUUGAACGUAUGGGUCUCGUCAAUUGAGUGGACCGAGUACUUGGAGAACGAGAGGCGACUGGCAGCCUGGCGUUCGGGUAAAGCAGAGAAUCCGCACAUCGAGGAAUAUUUCCAGGUCGAUGGGGCUGUCUGAAGGACAGGGAAAGGCCAUGGCAGAGAUCCUGCGCCGUAUUAAGAGAAGAGGACAUAAUAAAAAUUACUUUGCAUGGAUUUUGUGCCAGCCUCCAUAACUACAAACACAGCAACACAGCAGGAAUCUCCCAUCUUGCUUGGUGCAUAAAGCGAGAAGAAGAAACUUGUCCCUGAAAUUCGCCUUUCCAAAGUGUUUGCAGAGAGGAGCCGGCUGAAGAGACGGU